GCCUGCAUAGAUGAUAAUUUAGAAAUGGUUGAAUUUCUGGUGGAACAAGGCGCCGAUAUAAACAGACAAGACAACGAAGGUUGGACACCCCUGCACGCCACAGCCUCAUGCGGCUUUGUGAGCAUAGCACGCUAUUUGGUGGAACAUGGUGCCGAUGUUGCUGCCGUCAAUAGCGACGGUGAUUUAGCCGUGGACUUGGCUGUCGACAUCCAACAUUUGCCCAUGAUUGAUUUCAUGCAACAAAUGGUGGCCGAACAACAAAUUGAUUGCGCCAAAGCCCGCCAAGCCGAACAACAACAAAUGCUUGCCGAUGCCAAAAAAUGGCUGCGCAGCGAUGCAUCAGAAAUUGAUCGACCACAUCCAAAAACUGGUGCAACAGCGUUACAUGUAGCUGCUGCCAAGGGUUAUACAAAGGUUUUAAGUUUACUGCUCGCUGGACGUGCUAAUGUUGAUGCUCAAGACAACGAUGGUUGGACACCAUUGCAUGCUGCUGCCCAUUGGGGCCAAAAGGAGGCAGCACAAAUGCUGCUCGACGCCAUGGCCGAUAUGGAUGCUCAUAAUUAUGCCGGUCAAACGUGUAUCGAUGUAGCCGAUCGUAAAAUGGUUAAAUAUUUGGAAGAAUACAGAGCCAAUAAUAAACGUAUUAAACGAAGGCCAUCUAGUCAAAUCAGUCGAAUCUCAGAUACAAUUGAAAAUCAUAUGGAUAAAACACCACCCAAAAUUAUACGUGUUGAAGUUCGACCAGAUAAUAAUAAGGACCAUCCUAAUGAUGAUAAAACAUCUGUACAGCAACAAAAAACAAACGAACAACCACCCGCCACAGAAGAUGAGGCGCCAUGGCGUCGUAAUAAUGUCGCACGAGUGCGUACCACUAAUGACAGUCCAAGUAAAAAUCAAGUUCCUGAUGUCAUUGAUGUGAAUAAAACAGCAACAACACCAAAUGCCGGUACUACAGAAACCACAGAUGUUAUACUUAGACGAACUCAAAGCUUUGAGAAUGAUGAAAAGAAAUCGCCACCAGUUAGUCCUGCGGUAUCUACAACACCCGCAUAUAACACCCCAACGAAUACAACAGCAUCACCAGCUGCUGUGGCCACACCCAUUAGGAGGUCCUUCGUACCACCUGUGCGUGACGAAGAAAGUGAAACACAACGUAAGGCUCAUGCUAAACGAGUGCGUGAGACCAGACGUUCAACCCAGGGCGUUACCUUGGACGAAAUCAAGAGUGCUGAAGAAUUGGUGAAAAAGAAGAACUCCAGCAUGAAUAAUAACAACAAUAACAGCAGCAGCUUUAAAUUAGAGGAUGCCAAUGCCGGCAGUACAUAUCCACCGACCAAUAGCACCAUUAUACCCAGUGCUCCAGCGGUUAUUGCUGCUGCCAAUUCCAUGUCACAGCGCAGAAUUAACAAUGUCAAUAAUGCAAUUUCUUCAUCGAACACAUCAUUGAAUUCAAUUGGUAGACCCGUUUCGGCACCACCGAUUAGUAAUUUAAGCCACAGCAGCACCACAGCCGCCGCCUCAUCAGCAAACACCCACACCUCCUCAGCAACAACAAACAAUACCAGUUCCAUUACCAGCAAUCAAAAGAGUGAUGACAAAACAAUUGAUAACAGUUCCACAACCAAUAACUCCACGACCACCACCAGUAGUAGUGGUAUUGGUUCUUCAUAUUCAGCACGUCGUGCCACCAGUGCCAAUGCAAAUGCCUUAAAUUCGGAGACAUCAUCGUCAGUGGCCACCGCAGCAACCACCUCCGCCACAUCGAGCAGUCUUAGCAAUAAUGAUGAUAAAGAUAACGACAAGGAAAAUGAUAAUCGUAGUGCUUUGGCUACCCAAGCUGUUAUACAACGACGAAGAAAACCAAAACGUCGCUCAACUGGUGUUGUACAUAUUGAUAUGGAUGAACUAGAUCCAGAGAAACAAGAUUCUGCCAACGAUAAUGAGGAAAAAGAUAAAGAAAAAGAGCGCAACAAUUUGCGUUUAAAUAGAAAAUAUUGUUAA